AUGCACUGGGUAGCACAUCAGGACAUGUGUUAUCCACGAUUCGCAAGAAAUAUGACUCCACAAUCGACUGACCCAGAGACAAUACGACUCAAGUCAGCAUUCAAAAAAAUCGACCAACAACAGGAGCUUCCUUUCGUCAGAUUCUACCGAUGGUACGUUCUUCACAGCAUUCACAAGCGUGCUUUCAAGAAUGGCCUCUUUCGAGAAUCUAUCCCCUGGGUCCUCACUGGCGAUUCCGCAUGGAGCAUCGAAAAAAUCCUCUUCAAACUUUGUGAUUCACCCGAAGUCACUGACGAGGAAAGAAGAAUCAUCUGCAACUUCCUCAACAAAUAUCAUGAACAAGUCCUCGAACAGAAUAAGAAUGGUGCUACUUCCACAGGCCUAGGAAUCAAGAUGAUCGCAGAAUGGGAGCAUACUAAGCGAUUGUUUGAUUUGAAUGAUCCCAAGCAUAUGGCCGGGAAGUCAUGGGUCAAUGAUCCACAACUUCACAUCGAUUGGGCUGCUUCCUGCGAAUCAGAUCGUCGUGAGGGAGAAGCCGCCAAGACUGCUAGCCUCCGUCUUGAGCAAAAAGUCAUCAAUCUCAGUGACCACUCAUGUGAGCAACACACUACUUCUGAAGCCAAGCCCCUCGAAAUGAAAGUCUCUUUGCGCAGCAAGAAAUCCGCAGAUAUGGGUGCGUUCCAACCCGAACUUUCUAGGAAAGGCUCAGCAAAGGUCCAGAGAGAGAUACAAGAGAUAGAGAGAGCCAAGAAGAUGAAAUAUGAGAUGGAGAGAAGAAAGAAGAGAGUUAUUUCUGGAACAGCGAGUGGUUCAACCAGUCCAACUAAGAAGGUCAGAGCAGAGGUCGUUGACUUGCUCUUGGAUGAAUUAGACUUGAGUGAUGGUUAUUGA